AUGGAUUCUGCUGCAGCUGCUGCCGCCAAGCGCGUACAAAUCGAGAAGGCUCACAAUUUUAUGCGCCAAUAUCGUGAUCCCGAAUCGCGGGAAUUGAAGAAACUGUCGGCGAAUCAGUUUAUGGAUGUUUGGGCGCACUACGAUAAAGAUGGCAAUGGCUACAUUGAGGGCACCGAGCUUGAUGGCUUUCUGCGGGAAUUUGUGUCCAGCGCCAAUGCCACCGACAUUAGCCCCGAGGCUGUCACUGACACAAUGCUGGAAGAGCUAAAGUCGUGCUUUAUGGAGGCCUACGAUGAUAAUCAGGAUGGCAAAAUCGAUAUCAGAGAGCUUGCUCAACUUUUGCCCAUGGAAGAGAAUUUCCUUUUGCUUUUCCGCUUCGAUAACCCCUUGGAAUCAAGCGUCGAAUUCAUGAAGAUCUGGCGUGAAUACGAUACUGAUAACUCUGGUUACAUUGAGGCGGAUGAGCUUAAGAAUUUCUUACGUGACUUGCUCAAAGAAGCCAAAAAGAUCAAUGAUGUGUCCGAGGACAAACUCAUUGAAUACACAGACACCAUGUUACAAGUUUUCGAUGCCAAUAAGGAUGGUCGUUUGCAGCUCUCGGAAAUGGCCAAACUACUUCCGGUUAAGGAGAACUUCCUCUGCCGUCAGGUAUUCAAGGGAGCCACCAAAUUGACCAAGGAGGAUAUUGAGAAAGUCUUCUCAUUAUACGAUCGUGACAACAGCGGCACCAUUGAGAAUGAGGAACUCAAAGGCUUUCUCAAGGAUCUGCUGGAGUUGGUCAAGAAGGAUGACUAUGAUGCCCAGGAUCUGGCUGCUUUUGAGGAGACAAUCAUGCGUGGCGUUGGACACGAUAAACAUGGCAAAAUCUCACGCAAGGAGCUGACCAUGAUAUUGCUGACCCUGGCCAAAAUAUCGCCAGAGGAUGAACAGUAGACGCAUCUCCGCCAGAUGCCAGCAAUCCAAGCCGAAAGAAAGAUUUGUUAGCACACACUAAUAUAUAUUUUUGUUACCAAUUUGGGUAAACGGCAGAGUUGUUUUGGCCAGAUGCCAAUUGAUUACUUUAAUGCUGCUCCUUUAAUAGGCAGCAGGCUAAGAGGAAAGCAACUCCCAAAUGCGAAACCUCUGCAAAAAGAAUAAAAUUAAAUCGAUAAUUUUGAAAUUGAAAAAUUUAUAAAGCGCUAAACUCGCAGCAAAUUUACAAACAAAUAUAAAUUAAAAAUAAAUGUUUCAAAUUAAUUAAAUGUUUAUGCAUGUUAAGCUUUUGAAAGUCUAUUUCCUAAACAACAGCAACAACAACUACCAAGGCAACAAAAAACAACAAUAUUAUGUAUGUGUAUUCGUAAAAUAAAAUUAAAUACUAGUAUUAAAAGCAACUUAAAAAAUUUAUAAUAUAAUUAAAUAAAUUACUUUGACAAAGCAACUCGAAACCAGCCAGAAACAAUAACAAAUCGGAAAAAAAAAACCAAACCGAAACAAAGUUCAUUACAUCGAUUUUUAUGUCUUGUCUGAGAUGAAUUUUUGAAGGUAUAAUACAAGUAAAUAUUAUAUUUUCUAUUAUAUUUAUUUAUUUUUAAAAAGAAGAUAACACUAAUUUAAUUUCGAAUUAAUUAAAACUUAGCUAAUUAUAAGAGCAGACACUCAACAAUUUAUGGCAAAUGCAAAAUGAUGAUAA